CGAGGAUAAUGUGUGAUUAGCAGUGAUCCUGGACAAGCAAGGCGUUGUAUUGCGUACAUGCCUUUGUCUUGUCGACAUUUAUAAGACAACGUCCCGACGAGGCUCCAAGGUAUUCCAUUCUUCAGCCUCAAACCCAUUCAACUACAUUUCUCUUCUUUAUAUUCACUCUUUGUCGCAGUGCGACUUUUACCAUCUCACACAUCCGUUUCGACUUUUCCUUGAACUUCGGCGACUGCUACUCUACUCGAAUACUCUCGAACCCAACCGUAAUCACCUAAACACUAUUUUCAAAAUGAAGUUCACCAUUGUCGCCACCAUCAUCUCCAUGGCUGCUUUUGCCGUUGCUGCUCCCAUCGCUAGUGAGGGAGUCGCUGCCCGUCAGAACCACGGCAUGUGCGUCAAGUCGGUCAAUGGCGAGGUUACCCAAAUUCCCAACUGCUAGAUGUGAUACCCCAAGCGUGGAAGGACAAGAUGGAGUGUGGCGAGAAGG